AGAAUCAGGAAAAUUGGGGCACAAAAUCAAAGCAGAACAGAGCCAUGGGAUGAAGCAUACAUAGCCUAGACACUGUCAUGUUUGGAGAUAGACCAUGGGCCAGGACAAGUGAGUAGAGAUGAAUUAGAAGCAAGCCAUUCUGGGGGGACACAGAAGGCCAAGGAUCAUCCUCAGCAUGCAGGAGGCUCCAGUUGGGUGCCAAUUGCCUGGAACCCUCUUUGUGCUAGGCCUGUGUGUUCUGCUGGAUGCCUAGUCUGAGGUGAUGGGGGAUAAAAGCAGGUAGGGACACGAGGGGAAGGAGGUGGUAGCCCAGUACUAGUGUCACUGGACAGGAACUUACUGAUGGCUUGCUGCACGCCAGGCCCUGAACCUGCUGUGGGAGUCCAGAGUCACAAGAGCUGGGAAGAAUUAAAUCUGCCCUAACCAAUCAUCCAGCCUGGGCCUGAGCUGCCCCCAAUCAGCUGGACUGGAUUCCCCCUGAGGCCUUAGCUCUCAUGCCCUCCUAGAUGCUGUGCUCUUGUCUGCACAGGCCAGCUGUUAAGAACCUGGCCUCGUGAUUGGCACCCCAGUGGAGGAGGGAGUUGUCCCUGCUCUGACCUGGAUAUCAGAUACUAAGGGACUGCAGCAUGGAACACAGGAGCUGCUACAUGGAGGGCCCCAGGCCUGGUCCUGCAGAGGUGAAGACUAAGCCCUGCCAUGGGAGCUGGAGAGCCGCAGGUCUGCUGCUGCUGUUUGCCCUAGCCACUGCAGGGGUUGUGGCUGGAGGGCUUCUUGGUUUCACCCAUGGCCCUCCCAAGCCAUUGCUGCAGAUGCUCCAACUGACCCUCCCAAGUCCAAGGGUAUCUUGGUCCAACCAAACCACCCUGGUGGAUAUGGCCCGGAACAUGGCAACCAUUAUGGUGACUCCACCUCAGAGCAACCACAGCUGGGCAGUGCUGUUUGACGGGCAGAAUGACUGCAUCUGCUACCGCCCAGCAGAGCACCAGGCCUGCUUCCUCCGCCUGAUGGAGGCCCACGAUCGGGAGACCCUGCAGCUGCUAGUGAACACCUCCAGGGUCCAAGAGUCCCAUGUCCCUGGCCAGGAUACCCACCAUGCCCAAGAGCUGCUGGCAGUGCAUGGGAGCCAAACCGUGGACCCUACCCAGGUGGGAGCUUCAGUGCAACAGCUCUGUGCAAAGUCUCCCAUCUACUGGGCCCAUCGAGUGGAGGGGCCCCAGAGACAGCGGCUAAUCUAUCUCUGCAUUGACAUCUGCUUCCCAAGCAACAUCUGCAUGUCCAUCUGCUUUUAUUACCUUCCAGACUAAGUCCCCUGCCUGACCCAGUCUGGACCUUGUCCCUAAAGGCCAGCAGCUGCCUGGUCACCAGCACCAUGGAGGGCAGCUGCUGGCAGGGACUAAUA